UGCGCCAUCUGCAGCGUGCGUCUGACACGGAGUGGUAUAGGGAACGCGUGCAGUCUUAAACAGAGCCAAUCAAACAGGUGUAUACAGAGCUUUCUAUCCCAUCUCCAACAGGUUUCUUUGCACAAGGCUACUUUAAUAACGUAACAAAAUGACGUGUUCAGAAAUCUAAAUAUUGCACUGUUGCCAACGGACCGUUGAUAGCGUGGAUAAGACUGCAAAUGUAUCAAAUAAUUCCAAUAAAAGAAUUGCUUGUCGUUAAUUAAAAAUUUUUUUUAAAAAAGCAUCGUGCGGGGGAAAACCAAACAGCAUCAUCUGUACCUGAAGAACGUAGCAUAGCAACGCACAACGUUAUAAUUUUUCUCGUGGAUGGGGUUUUCCCCCGUGCUGUAGCGGAGUGGUUUGCCCCACGCUUGCAGCGGGUCUUCACGCCGCGCAGUACCGACAGCUGUUGAAGAGUGAGAGUCUUGGCAGCUCCGCGAUCUCACGGCUCUCAACAGUCCAAGUCUCCCCAAUAAGAUUUCUUGGUUGUGUUUAAAAAAAACCAAACCAGACCCAGCCAGAUUUUUUUUUUUAAAUCCACGGAACAAGAUGUCCCUGAAAGUCCAGACCAGCAACGUGACUAACAAGAACGACCCCAAGUCCAUCAACUCGCGCGUGUUCAUCGGCAACCUGAACACGGCGGUGGUGAAGAAGCCGGACGUGGAGGCCAUCUUCUCUCAGUACGGGCAGGUCCUGGGCUGCUCCAUCCACAAGGGCUACGCCUUCGUCCAGUACGCCAGCGAGAGGCACGCACGGGGGGCCGUGCUCGCUGAGAACGGGCGCGUCCUGGCGGGGCAGACCCUGGACAUCAACAUGGCAGGAGAGCCCAAACCACAGAGACCAGUGGGGGUGAAGAGACCAGGGGCAGCUCUGUACAGUGGCUACGACUCCUUCAGGGAUAAUUUCUACGACAGACUUUUUGACUAUCGCAGUCGGGCGUCGCAGAUCCCGCGGCCGGUGCCUCUGAAGCGCCCUCGUGUGGCCAUUCCGGUCAUGCGCAGGGUGAAGUCGCUGCCCGUGAAACUGGUUUCUCGAUCCCCCGUCACGGGAAGCCGCUCUGUCCGAAGCAAGCUGAAGACCAGCGAGCUGCAGGCUAUCAGAGCUGAACUGGCUCAGAUCAAGUCCAACAUCGACGCCCUGCUGGGCCACCUGGAGCUCAUCACAGAGAGCAGCGCAGAGCUCCACCGGGCAGGUGAGGGUAAUGGCGAGGUGUCUGCGGACGAAUCGGCUGCGGACACAGAGUCACGUCAUACAGACGAGGAAGAGGAGGGUGACGAAGACACACAGGACGAGUGUGAAGAGUUCACGGAAUGCGAUCGCUUAAAAGGAACAGACUCCAUCCUUCAAUAAAGAUGCAUCUUGAAGCUGCCCCUGCACGUGUUUUUUUUUUUUUUUAACCCCACCAUCAGGAGGCAGGGCAGAGCAGGGUGGGGUUUGUAAGUAUGGAAACUCUUUCAGUUCUACAGGCAUCGGGGCCAACAGGAAGGAAGCACUGAAGGUAGCGGUGUGACGUUAACUCACAUUAAUGAAGAAGACUGUUGAGGAGCCGCUGGGGGUUCAGGGCGAGCCUCAACACCACAGCUGCACGGAUGGACAUGCUAGCCUAGCGCCCAGCCUCCUCACGACCCCAGUCCCUCUCAAUGAUGCCAAGCUUGUUUAUUUAUUUGUUUUGUUCUUGGAAUUUUUUUAAAUCCACAUUUUUUUAAACAAAAUGAGAAGGGGGAGGGGUGGAUGGGGGGAUUGGUCACACACCAAAAUAUAAACUGUGCAUAAAGUGAUAAGGAUGGCAGGCUGGAUUCUAUUGAUAAGGUGGCUGAACUCCCAGCAUCCUUUGUGUUUUCCUUCUCUUUUUUAUAUUUUUUAUCUUUCUAAAUGAAAUUAGAGCACAGUUCUGCAUUUGCGCAUUCCUAAAUAUAAUCACAGAUGUACUUUCUAAAAAAAAAAUGUGUGGCCUGAUGAACGCCUGUAAGAGUCCACAUAAACAUGAGUCAUUCAGUCUGUGUUCCUCUGUUUUCUAAAAAUCUGUUGUGCUUUUACAUCUCUAUGGAUGGAACUUUCUCUCUGAUGUAUUUCCAGAUGAAAACUUGCUUUUAAUGGCGUGUUUUCUGCUGGUUUAUAUAUUUGAUAUUUCUUAGACAUACUCAUGACAUAAUCAAUCAUAAUUGGAUCCUUUGAGAGUUAUGUUUUUUCACUCCAUCUCCAUUCACCUCAAGCAAUUAUUUCAGAUUUAAUCCAACAUUAAUAUUAUUAAUGUUAUUCUGACAUUAUACCUGCACAGAGAUGAGCCUCAUUCCAUAUGCAUGUCUGAAAAUUUAACAAAAUGUCUGCCAGUGAUUAUCAGUGCAGAAGAUAAUGACCAUCACAGAGCCCCCUGUGUUCACCACAGGGCUGAUCAGAGCAGCAGCAGUCCCCACAGGGCGUACACA